AUGGGUCAGGCACUUCGCCGAGCUGCUGGAAGAAUCCGACCCUCUUCCAGCAUUGAAACGACGUCGGCGAAGCCAAAGACGGUCGUCGUCGAUAAGCGGCCUCCUCCUCUGGGCCCCACCGAAACGGCGGAGAUUGUCCCUUCCCUCUUUACGCAUGGUAGUGCAGCAACAGAAGCAGAAGCAGGAGCAGGAGCAGCCAACGUUGAGAAUGUGCUUGAAGAACGAGAUCCAAGCUACGACGCCAUGCUUAAUCAAAUGGUGGGUAGAAUUAAAUCAAAGCCCGGAGGAAAACUGGAGAUGGGUGAGGCAUUUGUGGUGGAAAAGUAUAAGAGGCCUCUACCAAAGCUGAGAGAUACAAAGCCAGAUUCAGGCAGGUACGAGGAGAGGCCGGCUGCUCCAGGAACUCUGAAUGUGGCGCAGCUGCGCCACAUAAUCCUCCUCCAUCAGGGCAAGGCUGAGGAUCACAAUGGCCCCAUGGAGGCGGACCAAAUCGCCGACAAGUUCCGGGUUGAUGUCGCGGAGGUUCGGAGGAUCUUGCAGUUUGUGUCACUGCCCCCAGAGGACAGCAGCAAACAGAAGAACAAUCCUUGAAGAAGACACGGGCAGAUAACUUUGGUGUCUACCAUUCUCCUUUCAACACUGGCACUACUGGUUGGGUUUUCUGUUGAAUAAAACUGGCUCGCAUACAAAUUUGAAAAUAUCAGAGAAUCUAUACUUUGGCAGCAUCUGUAACAUGUAGGAAAUUUUGUAACUAGCGUUUGGGUUCUGAGAAAGGCAAUUACCAAACUUAUAACUUUUGUUGAGGUAUUUGAUUUGAACACAAAUUGAGAAUC